ACAGUGAGAUAGUAGUUUUCUCCAAGCAAGUGACUGAAAUCUAAAUAGUGUACCACACCGAAUUUUUAAUCUCGCUCAUGGAAUAUUUAAUCAACAAACAAACUAACAAGUCAACUGUAGUUCAACAGCUAGAUAAUUAUUAUUUAAAUUAUAACAAAUGAGCCAACAAUGUUAAAACAUAAACAGAAGCCUUGAGAUAGUUAUUACGUUAUUCUCUAUGAACGUAAUAACCUCUAUACGUUCUACCACUAUUUAUUAUUUAUUGAGUAAGUUUAAAUAACAGAGUUGUAACUAUGGGAAAUUAUGUAGGAAAUAUAAUAAUAUGUGUCCUUGUAGUGCUGUCAAUAGGAGUAAUUUAUGGCACGACACAAAUAGUUAAAUCAUUAACUGAGAAUCAACACGAGUUACUGAAUUCCGGUUCAUACAAUUGGAUUAUCAGGUUGAGUCUUAAUUUGUUAGGAUACACAACUAUUUUAUUACCUGGAUAUUUAGUGUAUAAAUAUGUUAGGCACAGCAAGUACCUGCAGAGAGCUGGAACUGGAGUUAUAUCAAAACUAGUCCAUAGAUGUAUUUCAGGCGGCGGAGAAUCCGGCCUAUUUGAUACAACUGAUUACAUUCCUGCGCCAAAAGCUAGUCAAGAGCAGCGUUUCAUUAAAAAUGAAACAUUUUUAUUAUUAUAUUGUUUUUCAGGUUUACAAAUAAGUUAUUUGACAUGGGGAUACUUUCAGGAAAAAAUAAUGACUCAAGAAUAUGUUAAUUCAAUUGGCGAAAAAGAACACUUUAAAGAUUCGCAAUUCUUAGUAUUUGUAAAUAGAAUUCUCGCUUUUACAAUAUCGGGCUUGUAUUUAAUUAUCAGAAAGCAGCCACGUCAUAUAACGCCACUGUACAAAUAUUCUUAUUGUUCUUUGUCUAAUAUUUUAAGCAGCUGGUGUCAAUAUGAGGCACUUAAGUUUGUUAGUUUUCCUACUCAGGUAUUAGCGAAAGCUUCUAAGAUAAUUCCCGUGAUGAUAAUGGGAAAAUUAGUAUCUCGUAAAACAUAUGAGUACUACGAAUACGUGACAGCCGGUUUGAUUUCCCUCGGUAUGACGCUGUUCAUGCUUGGAAGCACCGAAACAGUUAAUGAUAAAGUAACAACUAUAUCAGGUGUAAUUUUACUUGCCGGUUACAUGGUACUCGACAGUUUUACAAGCAAUUGGCAAGAAGCAGUUUCUAAAGAAUAUGGACCAACUAGUAUUCAAAUGAUGUGUGGAGUUAAUUUAUUUUCCUGUUUACUUACAGCAACGUCAUUACUCCAGCAAUCUGGAUUUACACAUUCUCUCUAUUUUCUUAUCAAGUUCCCAUCUUUUCUGAUAGACUGUCUACUCAUAUCAAUAUGUUCCGCGACCGGACAAUUAUUUUUAUUUUAUACAAUAGCGCAAUUUGGAGCUGUUACAUUUUCAAUUAUCAUGACAAUACGCCAGGGCCUCGCUAUUUUGUUGUCCUGUCUGAUAUAUCAACAUCAAAUAACGAUAUUCGGAAUUAUUGGAAUAUUUAUAGUCUUCGGUUCAAUAUUUUUACGGAAUUAUUGCCGCAACAGGCUGCGAGCGUUGAAAAAACAUCGAGCUGAGAAUAUAAAUAUCAAAGAUUAAUUAUUAAUAAAAUUAAUAAUAAUAUUCAGUAUAGUAUAAAUUAUUUUUCAUUAAAUUAACUAAUAGUUAACAGCAACAGAAAUAUUUUUAUAAUUUAAUCAAGCUUUUGCUUAAUUGAAAAUUCUCUGUAUUAUUUACGGAGUUUAUUUAAAUUAAGCUGACAAUAAUAGAAUAUUCAAUCAAUGGUAUUUUAUAAAAACGUACUUAGUCCUUUAAAAAACAUAGAUUACCUGUUUAUCUAGUUUUUUUUAAAAUAUAUUUUUUAGCUGAAAAUAAUGUACAAAUUUUAUAAAUUUAUUUUCUAUUUCUAUUUAUUUAUAAAAAAAAAAAAAAAAAAAAAAAAAGGCGCCUACUAAGCAGAACAAUCGUGCAGAAUGAUUGAAGAUAGGAAUAAGCAGAGUUGAUUCGCAAUUUAGGCAUUAAAUUUUAUUUAAAAUGAUUUUUAUUAGCCAAUUGAUAAUGAAUUAAAAAAUAACAUGCACAUGACAUGUUUGUAAAGUAGAUACAAUAAUAUGAUAAUUGAUCAUUUAUCACUAAUCAUUAAUCAUUAAUAUCAAAUAAUAUUUUUUAUUUUUUAAAUAAAAAUCAAACCAGCUAUAUUAAGUUAUGUAAAUUCAUUUCAAUAAAAUGGAAUAUUAAUGUUA